UGUACUGUUGAAGAGCUGAAGUAAUAACUGAUUGUCAAUAAUAUAUAUCUUCUAAAAGAAAAAAGAAAAAAGAAAAAAGAAAAAAGAAAAAAAAUCAUCAAUCAAAUCACAUGGCAACUCAAACCGAACCAAAGAAGAUCAUAAUCGACACCGACCCUGGAAUCGAUGAUGCUAUGGCAAUAUUUCUUGCUCUAAGAUCACCAGAAGUUCAAGUUAUUGGACUUACUACUAUCUAUGGAAAUGUUUAUACUACUCUUGCCACCAGAAAUGCUUUGCAUUUGUUGGAGGUUGCUGGAAGAACUGAUAUACCAGUGGCUGAAGGAUCUCAUGUGACUUUAACUAAAGGAACAAAACUUCGCAUUGCAGAUUUUGUCCAUGGUGCAGAUGGACUUGGCAACCAAAAUUUUCCACCACCAAAUGGGAAACCCAUUGAAGAAUCAGCUGCUUCUUUUUUGGUUAACCAAGCAAAAGCUAACCCCGGAAAAAUCACUGUCGUGGCAUUGGGUCCUCUUACAAAUAUUGCUUUGGCUAUACAGAUGGACCCAGAAUUCGCUAAGAACAUUGGACAGAUCGUUCUACUUGGUGGAUCUUUCGCAGUAAAUGGCAAUGUGAAUCCAGCUGCUGAAGCAAAUAUAUUCGGUGAUCCAGAUGCUGCAGAUGUUGUGUUCACAAGUGGCGCAGAUAUACUCGCAGUGGGAAUAAAUGUCACUCACCAAGUCGUAUUGUCAGGUUCUGAUCGAGAAAAGUUGGCUAGUUCAAAAGGAAAGUUUGCUCAAUACUUGACCCAAAUCUUAGAGGUGUAUUUCUCUUAUCAUCAUGACGCAUACAACACCAAAGGAGUUUACCUUCAUGAUCCAACAACGUUGCUUGCUGCUGUUGAUCCCUCACUUGUAACUUGUACGGAGGGUUCUGUUAGAGUCCAAACCAGUGGCAUUACAAGGGGACUUACAGUACUCUACAAUAAACAGAAAAGGUUUGGCGAAACCACUGAAUGGUGCAAUAUGCCAACAGUAAAAGUAGCUGUGACAGUAGAUGCUCCGAGAGUUGUGAAAUUGGUCAUGGAUCGUCUUUUGGUUUGAAGAAGCUACACAGCCGUUCAAUUAGCAUUGUUGAUUAAGCACAAGACUGCUCACUUCAAAGCUCUUGAGCGUUACUUUUAUUUUACAUUUUAUUUCAAUUUUAAUUACAAUGUGAUAGGAAUGAUUGUCUUGCUCCCUUCUCUUUAUUUGCUGUUCCUUGAUCUACAAGUAAGGCAGCAUUUUACAAAUUCCCGUUGCCUUCGCCGAUUAAAUUGACAUUCCAAUCCCAAUUAUCAUACAUUGUGUAGAAUACUUAUUAUAAUUUGUUCAAUUCAAAUUAUUAAAAGGUAAAAGGAAAAUCUUGUUAUA